AUGCUCACUAUGCGAACAGAUUCAGGAGAUCAAAAACGAAAUAUGGAUGGAGGAUGGGGAAUACAUACAGAAGGCGGAAGCUCCAUGCUUAGGUCAGCUCUCAACUACACUGCUCUAAGACUUCUUGGUGAGAAUGUCGAUGAUGAGCAAGAUAUGUCCGUGCCAAAAACAAGGAAAUGGCUACAUGACCAUGGUGGUGCGAUGAUGAUAAAACUGGAAGCAAGGUGCUUGGAUUUUUUGACAAGUCAGGAAUGUUCCAGAAUUUGUGAAUCUUGCUGUACAACAAUCAACACGAAUGCUGAAACAUUGAUUCUUGCUGAAGGUGACGAUGGUAGAUACAUCUGUAUCAUGGCACUUCUCCAGCAAACAAAAGCUUGGUGGCCAUCUACUUUACUUCCAGAGAGUUUGAAAACUGCUUACUUUCUUACCCCCUUCAAACCUGAGUUGCGGCUCACUGAACCUGAUGAAAACGGAAUUCACUCUGGCAGAGAUGCAGUGUUGUGGCAAUUUGAGGUUCAUGGGGUUAAUGAGGAAAAGGACUAUGAGCUAUGUGUAGAAAAUACCCAGUAUUGCUAUGCCAAGAAAGCAAGAUAG